AUGCCCACCCCAGGGUAUGUCUUCCGUGACGGCGGCGAGACUCCUCCAGCAGAGGAGAAGCAUGAUUCAGAGUUCCGCCAGAGAAUCACCCAAGCUACGAAACCUCCUGUGGCAGUAACCUCGAACGCUCCUCUGGCCCAAAACACCACCACAAGUCACCAGUUAGCUACGGGGGCAACGGGAGAUCAUGGAGUCCAGGGCGCAGUCCAGAGGGCCGGUAAGGAGGACAGAACAACUAAUCUAGGAUGGCAAGCCAACGCUGUGGGUGUAGAUAACUUGGUCGGAGGCCUUCCCAACGAUGAGCUAUGGACGCUGAUCAGGAGAUUCAACAAGGCAACCAUCCCUCACGCUCCUCCGGGAGGCUUGGACCUCAACACUGCCGACGACGAGGAAUUCUCUCCGGACAAACUACGCUCCAACAUUGAGCGUCUGUACAUGACCGUCAUUGUCGGCCUGAUUGCCUUUGGGAAACACAUUGCAAGACUGAGGUCGUGGCGCGAACCCCGUCGGACCGCUUGCUUCGCUGCCGUCUACUUUGUGGCUUGGAUCUUCGACUUCAUUGUGCCCACCUUGGUCACCAUGAUCAUCGUCCUCAUCACUGUCCCGCAGUCCCGCACUAUCUUAUUCCCACCUGCGCCCCUUGCUCUGGUCAGCAGUAAGUCGGGUGGAGUCCAGAAACCAAAGGCCGGUGUGUUGGGCAGCCAUGACAGUGUCACUGGAGCACCCGAGAAAUACAAGGGCGAGGCUGUCGAGCAAGAAGCUAGUAACUUGGUCUCGGGUAUUGCCUCCGUCGCCAUCUCGAGCGCUGCCGGCCGACACGACCAAGCGAGUCCGGAUGAAGAGGGCGGCAGCAAGACCCUGGACAAGGGAAUGCCUGACCCAACCAAGAUCGCUACGGCCGCCGCGGAUGCUUCUUCCUCUGCUCAGGGAGGCGACCCGGAUGCCGUCCAGGAUAAGACAAAGAAGCCCAUGGAGGAUGCCGUCUGGAAACAAGUCCGCCCGAUCAUGCACGGCAUCGGAGAGGCCUCUGACAUGUGGGAGCGUCUCGCCAAUGCCCUGUCGCCCACUCCGCCAUUUUCUCAAAAGAAUCGUCUGCAGCUGGGUGCAAUCUUUGUACCAGUUCUUCUGAUUUCUCUGAUUACACCUGCCCAAUGGGUUAUGAAGGGAUCGACCUUUUUCGCAGGGUUCGGCUUCUUCUCCGACCCCCUGAUCUGGCGAGGAAUUCAACUGUUGAACGAGAAGAUUCCCGACUGGCCGAAAUACCUCGAGAUCCGCAACACUUUGCUCAGAGGCGUACCGACCAAUGCCCAGCUUACCAUUACUUUGCUGCGCAUUGGCGAGGCUAACCGUGCUCCAUUGCCGCCACCACCAAAGUCGUCUGAAGCGCCGCCUGACAAGCCUGCCGAGAUCGACAAGCAUGCCAUUACUGAGGGAGGAUUGGACGCGUCGCAUUCCGAGAUUGAAGAUGUCAUCACCGUCGACCAACCCAGCGGCACCGAAGCGACCCCAGAACCUAAGAAGAAGAAAGGCGGGUUCGGCGCCAAGAUCUUGUCGGCAUUCAAGAAUACCACGGCGGGAGCGGUAGAGACCAAAUUGACCACCGACACCGUCCGCGCCACCAUGGGCUCGGGGCACGCGAAGGAGAAAUUAGGCGUGCUUCCUUCGCGGGCAGAGAUGAGGCGCAAGCCCCGCGAAGGGCCCGUAGAGUUCCGAGCGAGAUACCGCGGUCGGAAAGGUGCAGUGUACAUCGACAGCUCUGUUUCCCCUCCUAGUGGCAGGAGACCCGCCUCGCCGUGCGUAUAUUUCACAACCCACCUCGACGACGACGAGACCGUGGAGAGCAUGCCGCGCGACCCGGACUGGGCCGUUUCUAUUACCGAUAUCGCCGAGGUGAAGAAGAUUGGUGGAUUGGGAUGGAAGGGAAAGAUCGUGGUCGGAUGGGCGACGGAGAGGGAGGUGAAAGAUGGGAUUGAAGUGGUCGCAAAGGACGGGACAGUUUAUAGGGCUAUGGCGAUCAAGGAGAGAGACGAGCUGUUUAAUCGGCUGGUUUCGAUGGGCCCACAGAUCUGGGAGAGUCAUUAA